AAGAGAUGACCUGACGUGGAGCGAAGGUCAGAACUUGGCUUCCUUUCUAGGACAACAACUACGCAACCUUCAUCUACUUCCAAAUCCACCAGUCACACCUCCUGAGUUAUUGGAUGUUCAUGAGGAGUUGAAGAUUCCACCAGAAUGGAAAGUUUUUGUUGAUGCACUAUGCCAAAAGAAGAAGGAUGUCACUAGCCGUCUGGAAAACUGGGGAAAUCCGAUUCCUCGGGCUCUGAUGAACAAGAUAGACGAAUACAUUCCUGAUGAAUUUUUUAUAAAUUUGCCCCAUGUUUUCAAGGACACAGAUGUUGGUAACGAAAUCAAGCCCUGCACCUGGAUACACUCGGACGUCAUGGAUGACAACAUUCACAUGGGACCAUACGCAGAUGGUGAUGGUCAACACAAUUCAUGGCGUCCCAGUCAUAUUCUUGACUUCAGCGAUCUAUCAAUAGGAGAUCCAUUCUACGACUUGAUACCGAUAUACUUGGACGUGUUUGGAGGAGACACUGAACUUUUCAAGAAGCUUUUAGAAAGUUACGGCAUUCCUUUAAUCAGAAGUAAGAAUGGAACAGUAGACAGUACGAGGAAGAAAGUAUUGUCUCCUUCCUACCGCACAAUGUGAUAUUGUAUAUUACAUGAAGAGAAUGUGUUGGGUGCAAUGUUCAGUAUUUGGG